AUGGCCGUCGCGUCCCUGCUGCUGCUGCUGCUGCCGCCGCUGCUCCGGGGCUCCGCCGCGCUCCCCGCGCCCCCCAGGGCCCCGCGGCACUCGGACGGGACGUUCACCAGCGAGCUCAGCCGCCUGCGGGAGAGCGCGCGGCUGCAGCGGCUGCUCCAGGGCCUGGUGGGCAAGCGCAGCGAGCAGGACCCGGAGAACAGCACGAGCUGGACCAAGUCGGCCGAGGGCCGCCUCUGCCUGCACUGGCCGUACACACCCACCCUGCAGGCCUGGAUGCCCCUGAGGGACCCCCUGGAUCAGACCUGGUCUCCCCAGUUGCCUCCUGGGUCCGGGUCUGGGGCCACCUUUGCAGAGCCAGCCAUCCCCGCUGUGGAGGCGACCCCGAGCAGGCCCUGA